AUGUCGGAAAGACUUCAAUCCACAAACCCGGCUGACGAAAUCCAACCCCAAACGACCUCUGAGAUGUCCAACCAGGGCCAGUUGUCUCCAGAGGAGGGAUCGAGCUCCAAAAAAGGACGUGGUCUACUUAAGGUUCCCUCGAGACCAUCAUCACAGCGUAACCAAUCGUCUCCAACAACGACCGGGUUGAGUGGGGCAACAGUGAGCGAUCCCCGGAACAGCAUCGGAAGCCGAUCGAAAGACUCCAAGGGUAGUCUCCGGGCGCGACGAAGGAACGGAAGCACGUCAAGCAACAGGACUGGCGGCGAGACUGAGCCUACAAACACAGCUGCAAACACCCAGCCAAACUCUCCUGUCGCCCCAGCCCAGAAGAAGAAGAGCCGUGGUGGUCUGUUCGCUUUCCUUGGAUGCUGUGGCACACCCGAAGGUCCAGCUGAUAACGGGGACAACAACGAAAACGUACACAAGCUUGACGUCCUGCCUCCGCGCCCAACAUCCGCCAGAUCGCGAACCAACACUCCCCAGGAGCAGUCCAAGACGGCUGCCGAGAAGGAGCCUCAAGUCCCCGUAUCUGCACCAGAGCCCAAGGACGAAGCAACUUCAUCAGGCACCGCCAACAACGAAAUCGCAGCGACAGAGCGAGAAAACAGGGAAUCGAAGCAAUCUGUUCCCCCUGCCGUCACUGUGGAGCCCCCUAAGCCCACAUUCGCAGAAGACGAGCCCAAGGUGGCAGACAAACCGGCUGAUAACGGUGACGUGGAUAUGCAGGAUGUUGCCACUGAAGAGCCAGAAGAGGCACCCAUAACUUCUGUAGCCGAUGCACCAACUCAAGCGACGAUACCUCCUCCUCCCCCAGGCCCAGGUCCAGCAGUUGUGGCACCCAGCCAAUUCACGGAUGCUGGCCCAUCGGCACCUGAGCCCCAGAAGUGGCUAUUGCCUCCUAUCGCACCAGAGCAUAAGGGUCGGAAAUGCCUCGUUCUUGAUUUGGAUGAGACUCUGGUCCACAGUUCUUUCAAGCAGAUCCUUCACCAAGCCGACUUCACGAUUCCCGUCGAAAUUGAGGGUAACUACCACAAUGUGUACGUGAUUAAGCGACCCGGUGUCGAUGAGUUCAUGAAGCGAGUCGGCGAACUCUAUGAGGUUGUAGUCUUUACAGCGUCUGUUUCCAAGUACGGAGAUCCCUUAUUGGACCAGCUUGAUAUUCACAAGGUCGUUCAUCACAGGCUGUUCCGCGAGAGCUGCUACAACCACCAAGGAAACUAUGUCAAAGACUUGUCCCAAGUUGGUCGAGACCUAAAGGACACCAUUAUUAUCGAUAACUCGCCUACCUCAUACAUCUUCCACCCACAGCACGCUGUCCCCAUCAGCAGUUGGUUCUCUGAUGCCCACGACAACGAGCUCCUAGACUUGAUACCAGUUCUCGAAGAUUUGGCAGGGCCCAAUGUGGCCGAUGUCAGCCUUGUUCUCGAUGUCACCCUCUGA